UUGCAUCAAAUUUUUUUCUCAUUUCUCUCAAAACUUUAUAAUUUUGAGGCUUGUGUUGAAGCUGCAGAUUUAUUACAAAUCAACCUCAACCACUACUUAAGCUCUUCAAAAAAUGGCUGAACAAAUCCCAUUCGAUAUUAUGGCUGACGUUUUAACCAAGUUAGGCUCCUCGGCUAUUCAACAAAUUGGAUCUGCGUUUGGUGUGGCAAAAGAGUUAACGAAGCUUACGGAGAAACUGGACGCUAUCAGGGGUGUACUUCUUGAUGCUGAGGAGAAGCAGGAGAAAAGCCAUGCAGUAAAAACUUGGGUGAGGAGGCUCAAAGAUGUCGUGUAUGAUGCUGAUGACUUGUUGGAUGACUUUGCAACCCAUCAGCUGCAGCGUGGGGGAGUAGCAAGGCAGGUCAGUGACUUCUUCUCAUCUUCGAAUCAACUCGUAUUUAGUUUUAAGAUGAGUAGUAGGGUCAAGAAUAUCAAAGAAGAGGUUGAUGAAAUUGUAAAAGAAAUGAAUCUGCUAAAACUUGUUCAAGGGAACAUAGUUCAGAGGGAGGUGGAGAGUAGUUGGAGAGAGACUCACUCAUUUGUGUUGACCUCUAAAAUUGUGGGAAGAGAAGAAAACAAAGAGGAGAUAAUAAAGUCGUUGGUGUCAUCUGAUAAUCAAGAAAUUCCUUCCAUGGUUGCGAUUGUUGGGAUUGGGGGGGUGGGUAAGACCACCCUUGCCCAGUUGGUGUACAAUGCUGAGAAAGUGGUGCAAUGUUUUGAGCCUAGAAUAUGGGUUUGUGUUUCUGAUCAUUUUGAUGUGAAGUCGUUGGUUAAAAAAAUCUUAAAAGAAGUGUGUAACCAAGAUGUAGAAAGGUUGGAGUUGAAUGGUUUAAAAAAUCUCCUUCAUGAAAACAUUAGUCAAAAGAGAUGCUUGCUAGUACUGGACGAUGUUUGGAAUGAAAAUCCUGAAAAAUGGGAUCAAUUGAAAAGUUUGUUGAUGGUUGUUGGAAAGGGGAGUAAAAUUUUGGUGACCACCCGACAUAGUAAAGUCGCAUCAAUAAUGGGAAUUAAUUCUCCCUUUUUUUUGGAAGGGUUGAAAGACAGCCUGGCUUGGGAUUUAUUUUCAAAAAUAGCAUUCACAGAAGAACCAGAGAAAGUGCAUCCAAAGUUGGUGGAAAUGGGAAAAGAAAUUGUAAAUAUGUGUAAGGGAGUUCCGCUUGUCAUCAAAACAUUGGGAACAAUAUUGCGCCUGAAAACAGAAGAAAGUCAUUGGCUGUCCAUAAAAAAUAAUAGAAAUUUGCUAUCACUAGGAGCUGGAAAUGAUAAUGUUUUAUCGGUGUUGAAGUUAAGCUACAAUGAUUUGCCAAUCUAUUUGAAGCCAUGUUUUACUUACUGUGCGUUAUUUCCAAAAGACUAUGAAAUUGAGAAAAACAUGUUGGUGCAAUUAUGGAUGGCACAGGGUUAUAUUCAACCUUUAGAUGAGAAUGUAGGGCAUCAAUAUUUUGAGGAAUUAUUGUCAAGAUCAUUGUUGGAGGAGUUUGGAAAAGAUGAUUCUAAUAAUAUAUUGAGUUGCAAAAUGCAUGAUCUCAUCCAUGCCCUUGCACAAUUAGUUAUAGGGUCCCUUAUUUUAGAAGAUGAUGUGAAGGAGAUCUCAAAAGAAGUUCAUCAUAUAUCGUUGUUUAAAUCAAUGAAUCUCAAGUUGAAGGCUUUGAAGGUAAAACACAUAAGGACCUUUUUAAGCAUUAUAACAUAUAAAGAAUAUCUAUUUGAUUCAAUUCAAAGUACAGAUUUUUCAAGUUUUAAGCAUUUACGUGUGUUGAGCUUAAAUAAUUUCAUUGUAUAUAAGGUACCAAAAUCUCUGGGCAAAUUAAGUAAUCUAAGAUAUCUUGAUCUUUCGUACAAUGCAUUUGAAGUACUCCCAAAUAGUAUUACAAGAUUAAAGAAUUUGCAAACAUUAAAGCUUGUUGGAUGCUAUAAGUUAAUAAAAUUUCCCGAAGAUACAAUAGAAUUGAUCAAUCUUAGACACUUGGAAAAUGAUGACUGUCAUGCUUUGGGUCAUAUGCCAUGUGGAAUAGGAGAGCUGACUUCGCUUCAAAGCCUACCAGUAUUUGCUGUUGGAAAUGUGAGAAGAGCCGGUAGACUGAGUGAAUUGAAAGAGCUUAAUAACCUCCGAGGAGGGCUAUGGAUUCAAGGGCUUGAAAAUGUGAGGGAUGUCGUGCUAGAAUCCAGGGAAGCAAAUUUGGGGGGAAAACAGCACAUUCAGUCCUUGAGAUUAAACUGGCGGCGCUCAGGAGCUCAGUCCAGUGAGGAUGUUGAGUCAGUGCUGGAAGGCCUACAACCACAUCGAAACCUAAAGAAGCUUUGCAUAGAAGGUUACGGGGGAAUUAGGUUUCCAAGUUGGAUGAUGAAUGGUGGGUUGAGUAGCAUGCUCCCUAACCUCACCACAGUUAAUUUGGAAGGAUGUUCAAGAUGCCAGACUCUGCCAUGCUUUGUCCGACUCCCUCACCUCAAGUCUCUACAGCUUGAUGAUCUAGAAAAGGUGGAGUACAUGGAGUGUUCAUCAGAAGGGCCAUUCUUCCCAUCUCUUGAAAACCUCAAUGUCAAUCGAAUGCCAAAGUUAAAGGAAUUGUGGAGGAGGGGCUUACCAACACACCCACCUCCUUCUCUUCCUUGUCUUUCAAAAUUAAAGAUCUACUUUUGUGAUGAGUUGGCAUCCUUGGAAUUACAUUCAUCCCCUCUUCUUUCACAAUUAGAGGUCGUCUUUUGUGACGAGUUGGCAUCCUUGGAAUUGCAUUCAUCUCCUCUUCUUUCUAUUUUAGAGAUCCACCAUUGCCCUAAGCUGACAUCCUUACGACUGCCUCAAUCUCCUCUUCUUUCACGAUUAGAUAUCAGGUUUUGUGGUGACCUGGCAUCCUUGGAACUGCAUUCAUCUCCUCUUCUUUCUAGUUUGAAGAUCUUCGAUUGCCCUAAGCUCACAUCCGUGCAAGCGUCUUCGUUACCUUGUCUCAAGGAACUAAAAUUGAUGAAAGUGAGAGACGAGGUACUACGGCAGUCAUUGUUGGCCACUGCUUCUUCAUUGGAGUCUGUGUCUAUUGAAAGGAUAGAUGAUUUGAUGACACUCCCAGAUGAGCUUCAUCAACAUGUUUCCACUCUGCAAACUCUCGAAAUUUGGAACUGCACUCGUUUGGCAACAUUACCACACUGGAUAGGCAACCUCUCCUCGCUGACUCAGCUUCGAAUUUGUGACUGCCCAAAAUUGACAUCACUGCCAGAAGAGAUGCGUUCCCUCACUACCCUCCACAUACUCCAACUCUCUGGUUGUCCACACUUAUUCGAAAGAUGUCAAAGGGAAAAUGGUGAAGAUUGGCCCAAGAUUGCUCAUGUCCCCGUACAACUUAUUGAUGGGCAACCUUUCCUCGUGUCAACUUGGAAUUUGUGACUGCCCUAAAUUGACAUCACUACAGGAAGAGAUGCGUUCCCUCGCAACCCUCCACAUACUCGAAAUCUCCUACUGUCCACACUUAUCCAGAAGAUGCCAAAGGGAAAAUGGUGAAGAUUGGCCCAAGAUUGCUCAUGUCCCAAACAUUAGUAUUGAUUGGGUAUGGGUCCGAUGCAGAAAGCCAUUUCAGAAUUAAGAAGUUAAGUGAGAAACUAAAGCUGAUUGGAGUUCACAUUGGCCUCCUCUUCAUGGAAAUCUCAAAAUAUCUCUGCCAGAGGUGGAACUGUGACACCUCCCUUCUCUCGAGGACUGUAAACUGUUUGUGUAGAGAACAAUGUCUCUGUCUCAACGUAUUCAGCAUGCCACAACCAUUGAGAAGAACUUUAUCUAUUAGAGAAUGAGGAUGAUGACAACCAUAUAUUUCAGAUAUAAUUGUUGUCGCAUCAAAGUAAAACCUGAUAGUGUUGUAAGCAAAAACAGAUAACAUUGUGGCUGAAACAUCCCACUUCCCUUCAGUAACUGGAAAGUUAGGAUUGUCUUUUGCAGCGAUUCCACACCUCACUUUUCUCAAGCUAUUGAAAAUUCAAAGCUGUUGUGUCCUAAUGUGUGUGUCUCAAGUGAUUCCUAAUCACUACCCUUGAAGCCUCAAAAGCUAUCUCUAUGGUUUGGCCUUCAGUUGUUGACUGCCCUGAUAUGAAAGCACUUCCAGAAAAGAUGCGUUGUGAGCCUACUGUCUAUGCUUAGAAACAUGCCGAAAGGAAAACUCAAAGACUGACCUCCUGAAAUUUCUCAAGUUCCCACAAUUGAUGCCGACUAGAAAUGAUGGUUGAUUCUUGAAUUGAUCUUGCUCUCUUCAAUUCAAGCAUGUCAUCUACAAUAUGUUUUAGAUUCGAAACUUGAGAUUAUUCAUUGGCCUAAAGCCCAAAGGUGACAAGUCUUGAAUUUGCCUAAAAUUUCACAUGACCCAAAAAUUUAUACUCUUAGAUGACUCAUGCAGAAAGGAAUUUUGCUUUCUUUUCAAUUCAGAUGUAAUUGGUAUAAAUUCAAUGUAAAAAGGGAUAAUGGUGGGGCUUGGACAUCUCUAUCAUUGGAUGCAAUAUUUUAAGCUACUCAAGCUUGGAAACCUAAAUGGUUUGGAGUGACAGUGAUAGAGUCAUCUUCAACUUUAUUGAAGUAGAAUACCAACACUUUUGUGAGGAACACAUAUAGUACUGAAUCAUAAGAAAAUUUGGUUUCCCCACUUUUCUAAAUUUUCUUGAGCAUGGGAAUUUAAAUACUCUGAAAUACACCGAGGAUAAUGAGAUCCAAGAUGGGGCUGAUGCUAGAGAGCUAUAGUGAGGAUCCUAAAAUUGUCCAGGAAAUGACAGAAAUAAUGCCUGGGUUUCAAGGAGAGAUUCCUGGCAAUUCAGGGAAGGGCAUUCCUUACGUUGGUGGAAACCUUUUUCGGGAUAAGGUCAAAGGUUGGUGAUAUCUUUUGAACGAAGGUUAGACUUUGUCGUACACAUCGCAUGAGGUGGACUUUAUGCAGGUACCUGUUUUGGGGCACACGUUUUGGGGGUGCUUGUUUUUGGUGGUAUCAUAAACCAUAUACCGAAUGUUUUGAUUGUCACUUUCUUGAAACUUUCAUGAAGUGGUUGAGGUUCUCCCUGAUGAGAAGUUAGAAUUAUAUAAUAUUUGGAUCUCAGUAUAACCCACAAUGAGUAUAUACUUGAAUUCCGGUGCAAAUAAUUAGAUCACUCAUUUUUUUAGUUUCUGUUCUUUAUUGUUGUCAAUUAGGAUGGUUUAGAGCCUGACAAGGCACCAUCAUCUGAAAGAAGUUCGAAAUCUUGAGCUACUUUUGGCAGACCAGUGAAUAGAAUUGCUGCUGACUAGGAGCUACGGAAUUUUGUGUUUGCUAGACUGUCAAGUGCGGUAUUGGCUGGAGCAACUUGCCUUAGCAUUAUACCUUUAGUUUCAGGUUUUCUGUUUCCAUUAGAGAUUUAGAGAUGUGGUUAAUAUUUUAUAUUUGAUAAAUUUCAGUUGGUCCAAUUGCUCGUUUCAAUGUUUCCAGGGAGUUGGGCCUGUGGCAGAUGUUGAAAAAAUCUCAUCAUCUAGCAAACUUUACAAAAGAGAACUGCACAAUGUCCUCAUUAAAAAGCUUUACGGGUAACAAAGUGUUGAGAGAGAGAGAGAGAGAGAGGAGAAAAACCUUAUUCACAUUCAUGUAAUGUCUACUUACAAUUUAGAGAUAUAUAUAUACAAGGCUAGGAGUCCUAACUACCAUACAUGUGACCUAUAUUAACAAGGAAAGAUAGUAUACUAUACAUACAUUAUAUUCAACACUCCCCCUCAAGCUGGAGCAUAUACGUCAUAUGCACCAAGCUUGUUACAAAUAUAUUUAAUCCUAGGACCUCUGAGAGAUUUAGUGAAGAUGUCUGCUAGUUGAUCAUUUGAAUUGACAAAACUUGUAGCAAUACAUCCUGAUGCGAUCUUCUCUCUAAUGAAAUGACAGUCAACUUCAAUAUGCUUGGUCCUUUCAUGAAAGACUGGAUUGGAUGCAAUAUGUAAUGCGGCCUGGUUAUCACAGAUGAGUUUCAUCUGUUCAUCCUUUCCAAAUCUCAACUCCUGAAGAAGAUGUCUCAACCAUAUGAGUUCACAUGUUGCCAAGGCCAUAGCUCGAUACUCGGCUUCAGUGCUAGAUCUGGCCACUACAUCUUGUUUCUUACUCUUCCAAGAUAUUAGAUUACCUCCAAUAAAAACACAGUACCCUGAAGUGGAACGUCUAUCUGUGGGUGAGCCAACCCAAUCUGCAUCUGUGUAACCAACAACUUGAGUAUGACCUCUGUUCUCGUACAAUACACCUUGGCCUGGUGUACUUUUGAUAUAUCGAAGAAUACGGAUUACGGCAUCCCAAUGGCUAUCACAUGGUGACUGUAGGAAUUGACUGACAACACUCACAGGAAAAGAAAUGUCUAGACGAGUAAUGGUGAGAUAGUUCAAUUUACCUACGAGCCGUCGAUAUCUCCCGGGGUCUCCUAAAGGCUCCCCCUAUCCUGGUACAAGUUUGACAUUCGGAUCCAUAGGUGUGUCUACCGGUUUACAGUCUAACAUACCGGUUUCUUCCAGGAUGUCUAAAGCAUACCUCCUUUGGGAAAGGACCACACCAGAACUGGAUUGAGCUAUCUCAAUUCCUAAGAAAUACUUGAGUUUCCCCAAGUCUUUGGUCUGAAAGUGGGUAAAAAGAUGUUGCUUUAGUUUCUGAAUACCAUCCUGAUCACUGCCUGUAAUGACGAUGUCGUCCACAUAAACAACCAGAUAAAUACACUGCCCCAAGGAGUUAUGAUGAUAAAAAACUAAAUGGUCUGCUGUACUGCGAAGCAUGCCAAACUCUUGAACAACAGAACUAAAACGGCUAAACCAUGCUCGAGGAGAUUGUUUCAAGCCAUAUAGAGAACGGCGUAACCUGCACACUAAACCAGACUCCCCCUGAGCAACAAAACCAGGAGGUUGCUCCAUAUAAACUUCCUCGGCAAGAUCACCAUGAAGGAAGACAUUUUUAAUAUCCAACUGAUAAAGAGGCCAAGAACACAUAGCAGCCAUGGAGAGAAGCAAGCGGACAGAAGCAAUCUUGGCAACAGGGGAGAAUGUGUCACCAUAAUUAGAACCAUAAACUUGAGUAUAGCCUUUAGCAACUAAGCGGGCCUUAAGGCGAUCAACUUGACCAUCAGGACCAACCUUAACUGCAUAGACCCAACGACAACCAACUGUAGAUUUACCAGAGGGUAAAACAACAAGAUCCCAAGUGCCAUUAGAGUGCAGAGCAACCAUUUCAUCUACCAUUGCCUGUCGCCAGCCUGGAUGGGAAAGAGCUUUAUGGGUGCUCUUUGGAAGAGAAACAGAGGAUAUAGCAGAAACAAAAGCAGAAUAGGGUGAAGAUAAUCGAUGAUAACUCAAAAAAUUGUAAAUAGGAUGAGGAUUACGAGUAGAGCGAGUACCUUUCCGAAUAGCAAUGGGUAAGUCAUUAGGAGAAGGCAGAGUCGGGGCAGGUGAAGCCGAAGGGAUAGGAAGUGAGUCAGCAGGCGCCUCAGGAAAAGGGAGAGGAGCAACGACACGAGGGCGACGAUGAUAAACCUGAAGUGGUCGAGGGGGUAUAGCAUCAGGUGGGGAGACAAUGGGAAUGAGCAAGACUUCAGAAACAGGAAGAGACUCAGAAGUGGUGGAAAAGAAUGGUGAGUCCUCAAAGAAGGUGACAUCAGCGGAGAUAAAGUACCGAUGAGUCUCAAGGGAAUAACAACGAUAACCCUUCUGAAGUCUAGAAUAUCCCAAGAAGAGGCACUUCAUGGCUUUGGCGGAAAGCUUGUCCUGUCCAGGAGUGAGAAUAUGAACAAAGCAAGUACAACCAAAGACACGAGGAGGAAGGAAAUAAAGUGGUUGGUCAGGGAAAAGAAGGGAGUGAGGAAUCUGAUUGUGUAAGACAGAGGAGGGCAUACGAUUAAUCAAAUAACAAGCGGUAAGAACAGCGUCCCCCCAAAAGCGAAAAGGAACGUGACUAUGGAGGAGGAGAGUACGAGCUGUCUCAACAAGAUGUCGAUUCUUGCGUUCAGCUACCCCAUUUUGUUGAGGAGUAUGAGCACAAGAAGACUGAUGAAGAAUCCCAUGAUGAGACAUAAACGAAGUAAAUUGGGCUGAAAAAUAUUCCCUGGCAUUGUCACUGCGUAACACACGAAUAGAAAUAUUGAACUGGGUUUGGAUUUCAGUAUAAAAUUUCUGGAAAAUAGAGAAUAACUCAGCUCGAUUUUUCAUUAAAAAUAACCAAGUACAUCGAGAAUAGUCAUCAAUGAAAGUGACAAAAUAUUGAAAUCCUAAAGUAGACGCAGUCCGACAAGGACCCCAAACAUCAAUGUGGACAAGCUCAAAAGGAGACUUUGCCCGAUUAUUCAAACGCUUUGGGAACGAGACACGAGUAUGUUUCCCAAGCUGACAUGACUCACACGGAAGCGACGACAAAGUGGAAAAACGAGGAACCAUCUUCUAGAACUUGGAGAGACUAGGGUGGCCCAGACGAUUGUGAAUGAAGAGAGGAGCAUCAGUGGAAAUGCAAACUGCAGGAGAUGAAUCUGAGGUGAGGUGAUAGAGGCCUUGAGACUCACGUCCUAUGCCAAUCGUCUUCCCCGUACUCCGGUCCUGCAAGGUCACAAAUUUAUCAGAAAAGGUAAUAGAGCAAUUAAGAGUACGAGUGAUUUUGCUGAUAGAAAUAAGAUUAAAAGGACAUUUAGGAGUAUAAAGGACAGAAGUGAGAGGUAGAGAAGGCAGAGGAAGGGCCAAACCAAUACCUUUAGCCACAGUUUGAGAACCAUUGGCUAAGGUAACAGUAGGUAAAUCAGAGGUAGUAGUAAUAGAGGAGAAAAGAUCCUUAUUACCAGAUAGGUGAUCAGAUGCUCCAGAAUCUAGAAUCCAGGGUCCAAGAGAAGAUGUGUGGGUAAGGCAGGCAGAGGCAUUACCAGGCUGGGCAACAGAGGCAAUAGAAGCCUGAGAUGUCUGAGAUGCGGAGGAGCUCGGAGGCUGAGGCAGCGGAGAAUCAGAGGACUGGGCCAUAUGGGCAGUGCGAGGAGGUCUUCCAUGUAACUGAUAGCAACGAUCGCGAGUGUGGCCAAGUUUAUUGCAAUAGGUGCAAUGAGGACGUUGGCCUCUACCUUGGGUACCACUGCGUCCUCCUCGAGAGGUAGUUUGAGAAACUAACACAGAAGAAUCUGAAGCGCUAUCAGAUGGCACAGUCUGAGUGGACGAGAUACGGAGGAGGCGAGCAAACACAUCAUCCAAGGACGGAACUGAUGAACUACCAAGAAUCUGAUCACGAAUAGGCUCAAGAUCCGGACGGAGGCCAAUAAGAGUAAGGACCAUGAAGAACUUGUCAAGCUGUGUUUGUUGAGCCCCAACAUCAGGAGUAAGAGGCAUCACAGUCAAGAACUGCUCCUUAAGAGAGGCAAUCUGACCAAUAUAAGUAGAUAGAUCCAAGUCCUGUUGGCUGAGAUGGACAAUAGCAGAAGCCACCUUAUAAAGACGCUGGAUAUCAUUCGUGUAUAAUCCUUUGGCCUGAGUCCAAAAUUUAAAACAAGUUUUAUAGGACUGAAGAUGAAGAAGAAUCCGGGGAUCAACCGAUUGCCAUAAUACACUACAUAACUGUGCAUUUAUCUUCCUCCACUGUACGCGGUCAACCUCAGGGAUAUCUGCCUCCUGGGUAACCAAGUGAUCCUCAUAUCCUUGACCCAUAAACCAAAGUUCAACAGAGGCAGACCAGGAGAGAUAAUUCUCACUGCCAACCAAUUUCUCUGAGGUAAUAAGAGGAGAUCCAGAGAGAAUAGAGGUAAAGAUCUGAUUUUUGGUGGUCAUAUUCACGUAUUUGGAUCGAAGAGAGCCUUAAAAUGGGUUCAGAUUUCGGCGGAGAGAGAAAAACAGUGAAACCACGGCUGUGAGAGGUGCAAUCAAUGGAGAAAAAAGGUCGUGUCGUGCCUGGAGAGGAAGAGAAGCAGCACCCAAGCCUCGGAGAUGGAGGGGGAGCCCUGUCGGAGGUGGCCGGAAUGGCAAGAAAGCCAAAAACAGGGAAAAAAUGGAGAUGCAGGGCUCGGGGAGGACUGCCGGAGGGCUAGAAGGCCAAGACGGCGCCGGACGAGCCUGGAGAGGUGUCGGAAGUGGCCGGAAAGUGAGCCACGCGCCGUCACGCGCAGGCACGUGGGUGACAGUCCAGAGGAGAAGAGCGGCGCGUGGGGGCGCGUGAGAUUCCGGUUGCCGGUGGGGUUUCCACUGGAGUGUAGAUCAGCCUCCGGCGUUUCGGAAUAUGUGGUCGUUGCCCGGAAAAGAGGUCGCCGGAAAAGGUUGCCGGCGUGGUGGAGAUCCGACGGCGAUGAGGUUGUCCGGGGUGGUUCGGGAAGAGAAUGAGGGGACCGGAGUGAAACACGGUCACUGGACGGUUCGCCGGAAUUGAGUACACGGCUAAACCGAAAAAAAAUUAGGUUUUCUCCUUUGGCUCUGAUACCAUGUUGAGAGAGAGAGAGAGAGAGAGGAGAAAAACCUUAUUCACAUUCAUGUAAUGUCUACUUACAAUUGAGAGAUAUAUAUAUACAAGGCUAGGAGUCCUAACUACCAUACAUGUGACCUAUAUUAACAAGGAAAGAUAGUAUACUAUACAUACAUUAUAUUCAACACAAAGAGUGCACUACAUUGGAGCAAUAACAUGUUUUACCAACUCCUACGGACAAAAAGUCUCCUGGGGCUGGGGACAAAGGUUGAUGGAAAUCAUCUUCAGUCGUCCUUCAGAAGAUUAUUGCAGAGGACACCAAACUUUCUAUAGAGGAUGUGGAAUAUUAGAGAGGUUUUUUUUUUUUUUUUUUCUUUUUUUGGUGAAAUAUUAUAGGUGCAUAUUUUUGUAAACUAUUGAAUAGAAGAAGAGAGUUGAGAGUGAUGAUAAAAUUGCAGUUUUCAAAUA